GAUACCAGAUAACAAAUAAGUGAUCAAUAAAGAAGAAAGAGGCACUCAUGAUGAGUCUGCUGAUUGUUAAUGUUAAUGUUAUUAUGAUUGGAUCAUUAUUAAUGACAAUAAUGUCCGCACUAGCUUCACCCAUUGCCAAACCAGGUUGUCAAGACAAGUGUGGAGAUGUAGAUAUUCCAUACCCUUUCGGAAUUGGAUCAUCCGAAUGUUUUCUUGACAAACGAUUCGAAAUCUCCUGCGACAACAAGUCUUCCACGCCUGUUCUCAAACACACUCAGCUACAGGUACUUAAUAUUUUAUUAAGUCCUUAUUCUCGUGGUUAUUAUUCCGAUUAUUACGAUUCCCAAUGGAUUGUGGUGAGAAACCCCAUUAGUUUCUUCGGUUGCGGAAACAAGACAAGGCAAAGAUCAGCAAAUUUAACAGGAACCCCGUUUUACUAUUCGCGUGGCAAUGUAUUCAUUGCAGUAAGUUGUGGUGCCUUGGCCAAGUUCGUAACAAAGUCAGGCAACAUGCUCUUCCAGAAUGGAUGCUCAUCCAAUAGUACAACAACUACAUCAACUAGUCAUAAUAUUAUUGAUUUUAGUAAUUGCGAUGGCGUUGAAUGUUGUACUACUUCCGUCGUCUUCCCUUCGGAUGUUGUGAGCGACAGCUUCGAAAUCUCCAUGGAUAAUGAUUCUUCUGGUACUCCUGCAAAUCAUAGCCAAUGCAAAUAUGCAUUCUUGAUAGAUUAUGAUGAAAUUGAUAAACAUAAAACAUUUGGUGAUCUGGAUUAUGUUCCCGUCCGACUAAGUUGGUCGCUUAACAGUACGUAUUUCGAUGUAUUUAAAACACCUGCUAUGCCAUUGCCAACCAUAACUAGCAACUUCCGUUGUCGAACUUCGACGGAGGACUAUGGUAAUUUAUUAGAAUCCUCUUCAGAUCGGAUAGAUCAUUGUUCGUGCAAGUAUGGACUUCGAGGGAAUCCCUAUCUGGUGGGUGGGUGUAAUCAAGAUAUUAAUGAAUGCAUUGAGUACAAAUCGGCAUGCCCUGAAGGCUCUACUUGCGUGAACACUUUCGGGGACUAUCACUGUAGUUAUAAACGCAUGGCUAUCUUUAUAGUCUCGCCGUCUAUCUGCCGCCAGAGCCGAGAUCGGACCUCCGACGAUUUCGUCUUCAACUCCCCGCCGAUCUCGCAGAAGCCUCAAGCCCAGGCAUUGUCCUUCGACUCAUCUUUAUAA